AUGGCGGCCGCGUCAACGGAAUCUUCUCCCCCGCCGAAAGCGCACGCUUUCGACGUUGUCGUGCCAGUAGGCACAUCGGCGAACGAUCUCAUUGAUGGGAUAUCCGCCAUUGUGGGGCUGCCCGAAAUUUUCUCGGCGCAGCACCUAGGAGGUACAAACUUCCAAGUCGUCGUCAAUAUUCGUGCAGCCGCCCUCAAGCUUCGUGAGGCCGGCAGCGUCUCCAUCGCCAACCAGUCAGUCCCCAUCGUGCCGACGGGUCCGCAGGUGACGAAUGUGACUUGCCUCUUCCUGCCGACGUUUGUGCGCAACGACCAGCUCGUCCAAGCCCUGGCCCCGUACGGCAAACACGAGUACUUCCGCAGCCUGGACGUGCAUCUACUCGACGCGGGCCCGUGCUUUUUGGUCGGCGACUUCAAUUGCGUUCUGGACUCUAACGCCGACGUUCGGGGUCCUGGUCAGGGUCGCUCAACCUGGUCCGCCCGUGAACUUCGGCGGCUUGUGAGGCACUUCGACCUCGUAGACGGAUGGUCCUUACUGCAUGGAUCCACCCACCAGUCGACGUGGAACAGAGGGGCUUCGGGAAGUCGCAUAGACCGGCUGUACUUGCCUCGCACGCUAUCUGCCGCGCUACAGACCUGUACUGCGGUGGACUUCCCGUCGUGCCCAGAAGAGAUUUCCGAUCACCGUCCGCUACUUAUCAAGUUCUGCUUCGACUCUGCCGUCGCACGCCCCCCACGUCCGUGGCGUCUGGAUUCCAGGAUCCUCCACGACGAGACCACGCGCCGCACGCUAGGCAACCUGGUCAAGGAGUCGCUAGUGGGCGUGCGCCCAGAGCCGGCGUCUUGGGACCGCCUAAAAGGUCAAUGGCAAAGCUUCAGCACUCUGAUGGGACGGCACCGCCGCGAACGGCAUCGAGGGCUUCUACAAGACACUAUCCUCCGAAUCCGUAUCGUCCGCCGAGGGGGCGCCUUGACCCCCUUCAUGAGGGCGUACCUCGACCAGCUGCAGAGACGCUACGAACGAUACCUUCGGUGGGACUCCACCGCGGCUACUGUCUUGCAGGGUCAGGGGAGCCCGUCGGUCCACCCGGAGGUACUGCGCUACACCCAUCGCACAAGCCUACAAGCCUUUGAAAGACAGAAGACGCCCUCCGCAUCGGGGUCGCCCGGCCACCUUGACAAUGGUCGCUUCGCAGCCCACUUCCGAUCGCUGGCCCAGUCGGACGCGCCGGUUGAUCGCUAUUCGGUGUCCUCGCACCCUCUCCUCAGCGGCCUCCCCAAGAUCUCCGCCGAGGAUGACGCGGGCCUGCGGCGGCCCCCGUCCGCGACCGAGCUGUGGAACGUUUUGAAGCGGAUGAAGAACGGCUCUGCACCAGGACCGGACGGUCUCCCAGCGGAGUUCUACCGCACGUUCUGGCACAUUCUCGGUAACUUCUUUACCGCUGUCGUGCGGGCCUACUUUGAAGACCUCCUCCUACCGCCAUCCUUUCGGCUGGGACGGAUCGUACUCAUCCCCAAGGAGGGUGGUGACCAUGCCGACCCCGGGGCAUGGCGCCCGAUAACGUUGUUAAACAGUGACUACAAGCUCCUCGCGGCGACCCUAGCCUCGCGUCUGCAAACUUUCCUACCGGAGCUGGUAAACCCCCGACAGACGUGCUCGGUGUCGGGCCGCAGCAUACAUACUUUGACGACUCUCACUCGCGACAUCCUGGAGUUCACACGCUCCCGACGGGCGAACGGGCUUCUCGUGUCGUUGGACCAAGCCAAGGCGUUCGACCGCGUCGAGCACCAAUACCUGCUCGGUGUUCUCGACGGGUUUGGCUUCUCCUCCGAGAGUGCUCAGCUGUUCGCAGCCUUGUACAGUGACUUGCGGAGUGACUUGUUCCUGAAUGGCUCCUUAGUGGCACGCUUUCCGGUAACGCGAGGAGUUCGGCAGGGGUGCCCGCUGUCCCCGGUACUUUUCGUCCUCAGCUUAGAGCCCUUCCUGGUUGGAGUCGACAGGCACCCCAGCAUAAGCGGACUUGCUCUACCUGGGUCCGCUCCCCCCACGUGCCCGCCAUCUCUGCCGCGAGCCCAGUCUGUUACCAUUCUUGGAAUCUCGUACGACGCCUCCGGCGUGGCUCCGGAGACCUGGUCCAACCUGCGUCAAGAGAUCAUAGAGAAGGCCGCUGAGGCUGGCCAUUACGACUUCCCCAUGGCUGUGCGGCGGUACCUUGUUCAGACGGUUUUCUGCGGAAGGUUGUGGCAUGUGGCCCGCGUAGCCCUCCCGCCGCGCCCCUUCAUCCUCCAAGUGCGCUCGGCGUUGUUUACCUUCUUCUGGAACAACCGCACAGAACUCGUGAGGCGCUCCCGCUUAUGCCUCCCCCGCUGUGAAGGAGGGUGGAGCUUUCCGUGCAUCGAGCUGGCAGCGCCCCUACUGGCCCUGAAGACAACCCUGGCAAUCAUUGACGACCACGACAACCCAGCACGGCCACUCACGCUCUACUUCCUCGGCGCCAAUAACCGUCUUUUGGGAGACUCUCUUCCAAGCCCUCUUCGGCCCCGAGCGGAGACGACGCCUGCAUUUUACAGGUCUACCGCGGAUCUCUUCAACAAGCUCAGCGUCCAGGUGUCACGAGAGGAGAUACUCGAGGCCCCGGCGUCUAGGCUUGUUGAACGCCUAGUGGUGGCAGAACAACCCCCGCCGCCGCCGGGCACGGUGCAGCCGUACCCGUGGCUGGCACUGACGUCGUCCACUCUGCCGGACCACGUGCGCGACUUUGAAUGGUUAAAGGGUUGGGGUGUCCUCCCAACAAAAGACAGGCUUUUCCGCUGGGGAGUGGUACGGGACGCACAGUGCGUCAAUUGUGGUGCAAUAGAAACAAACCCGCAAGUCGUGAGAGAGUGUGUACCGGCGAGGGACCUAUGGCGCGUAAUAGAGCGCUCGUUUCGAGGUCUCGGGGUGGACGUAUACGUUACACAAGGCCGUUGCCCGCGGGGCGCCUUUGCGCUGCUACUAGUAGCAAUAUGUGAGUGGGUGCUGUGGCGAAACCGUUGUGUCGCGAUGGCCCAGCGACAACGACGCCGCGCGUUGCGGCCGCUGUUGUGGGACAUCCGAAAAGAACUCACCGCCUACCUGGACGACCAGCGGUUCUCCCUUGGUGAACAAGAGUUCCUCCGCCGGUGGUCGUGCCGCUACCUUUGUGUGGUGAGGGGUCGCGUCAUGAUCAACUUUUUACUGUUUAAUGGGCCUUAAACUCUAGUUGAUACUACAGACCAGUCCCCCGCGAGACCGUUGAAUAUGUUUGUUGCGUGCAGCGAGCGUGCAUU